ACAUCACCAUCAACCAGUACCUGCAGCAGGUCUAUGAAGCAAUUGACACCAGAGACGGGUCAUCCCUUGCAGAGCUGGUGUCUUUCAAGCACCCUCAUGUUGCCAACCCACGGCUUCAGGUCGUGCUUGAUAAAUAUGUGUGGAAGAAAUGAACCUUUUUUUUUGAAGUGCUAAAGUGUGAAGAGUUACUGUCAGCUGUAAAGUGUAAAUUCUUUUGAAACAAAGAUGGCCUCUCCAGAAGAGAAGUGUCAACAAGUUUUGGAACCCCCUUAUGACGAAAUGUUUGCAGCUCAUUUAAGGUGCACGUACGCGGUGGGGAACCACGACUUCAUAGAGGCGUACAAGUGCCAGACCGUCAUUGUCCAAUCAUUCCUACGGGCAUUUCAGGCCCACAAAGAAGAAAACUGGGCUCUGCCUGUCAUGUAUGCAGUGGCACUUGACCUUCGAAUAUUUGCCAAUAACGCAGAUCAGCAGCUGGUAAAGAAAGGGAAGAGCAAAGUUGGGGACAUGCUGGAGAAGGCGGCCGAGCUGUUGAUGAGCUGCUUCCGCGUCUGCGCCAGCGACACCCGUGCAGGCAUAGAGGACUCCAAGAAGUGGGGCAUGCUGUUUCUGGUGAAUCAGUUAUUCAAGAUCUAUUUUAAGAUCAACAAGCUCCAUUUGUGUAAACCGCUCAUCCGAGCCAUCGACAGCUCAAACCUGAAGGACGACUACAGCACUGCGCAGAGGGUGACGUACAGGUACUACGUGGGGCGGAAGGCCAUGUUCGACAGCGACUUCAAGCAAGCUGAGGAGUACCUGUCCUUUGCUUUUGAGCACUGCCACCGUUUGAGCCAGAAGAACAAAAGGAUGGUCCUCAUUUAUCUCCUUCCUGUGAAGAUGCUCCUGGGUCACAUGCCAACCAUUGAGCUCCUGAGGAAGUACCAUCUCAUGCAGUUUGCGGAGGUGACCAAAGCUGUGAGCGAAGGCAACCUCCUCCUCCUGAACGAGGCUCUGGCCAAGCACGAGACCUUCUUCAUCCGGUGCGGCAUUUUCCUCAUCCUCGAGAAGCUGAAGAUUAUCACCUACAGGAACCUCUUUAAGAAAGUGUACCUGUUACUCAAGACACACCAGCUGUCUCUGGAUGCGUUCCUGGUUGCCUUGAAGUUCAUGCAGGUGGAGGACGUGGACAUCGCCGAGGUCCAGUGCAUCCUGGCCAACCUGAUCUACAUGGGUCACAUUAAAGGCUACAUCUCGCACCAGCACCAGAAGCUGGUUGUCAGCAAGCAGAACCCGUUCCCCCCGCUGUCCACGGUGUGCUGACCCCGCCCCCCGCCCCGGGGACAGGGAGUCGGGCCAUCCUGGUUCGUAUCCUGCCGAGAACUCGUCCUCUGCGGCUGGAGUCUCUCGGGUCUUUCCCGGGGGAGGCUGAGACCUCAGUGUCUCUGCCAUCACGGCUGACGGAUAUGCACCUCACAGAGGCCUGGCAUCCCCUUCUCAGAAAGCGCAGCCGUCUCCGCUGGCCCUGGGGUGCUGGUGACACUCAGGCGAGGGGCACGGCCUCCGAGACAGCUUCUGUUUACUUCUCAUGAGUGUUCUUCACGAAGGCAUCUUUUAACUCUUUCUGUAAAAAAGGUGAUCUGAAUUUAUACAAAAAGGUGUCUUCUCUACCGUAUCUUCUGGGAUACGUCUUUUUAUGUUAAAUUUGAACAUUCUGUGUGAUCAAAAUGCUGGGUUAACUUAGUGCUUCUUUUUACAAGCUGAAUUUACUUUGAUUUAAAUUUC